UCAGUCGGGAGUAAGCUGCAGAGAGGAGAGAGAAGUAUUGAAACCUUUAAUGAUGUGAAACUUUGAUCAUUUUUUAAGUAUGAAUCCAGAGGCUGCUGUCAUGCCUUGGUUCUGUAGUGGGUUUCUGUCCGGUUGUAAUGUUGACGUUGCUGCUGAACCCUGACCUGUCGCCAGUCUCAAAGGAUCCCUUUCUAAGUCAGUUUGACUUAAAUUCUAAGUCUUCAACAUGGACCCCAAGGGCCAGAGUAGUACCUUUAAGCGGUCCUCCCUGAAACGCUCCACAUCUGGCUCGCAGAAGGCACAAAAAGCUUGGAUUGAAAGGAACUUUCUUAAAAGAGAAUGUAUUCACAUAUUUCCCACCAAGGACCCGACCAGAUGUGCCUGUGGUCAGCUGACAACGCAGCAUGUGGCCAUCCCUCCUGGUGCCAACUCAGUAGAGGAAACAAACCAACUGGUGCAGAUUGACACUCCAAAGGAUAAAUGGAGUGUGAUCAAGCACACCAGGACCUACCCAACAGACUCCUUUGGCCUAAUCGAGUUCCAGGGCGGAGGAUUCAUCAACAAGGCCAUGUAUAUUCGAGUCAGCUAUGACACCAAGCCUGACAACCUCCUGCAUUUGAUGGUAAAGGACUGGCAGUUGGAGCUGCCCACCUUGCUCAUCUCCGUACAUGGAGGUCUCCAGAACUUUGACCUCCAGCCCAAACUCAAGCAAGUGUUUGGUAAAGGCCUGAUCAAAGCAGCCGUCACCACCGGAGCUUGGAUCUUCACCGGUGGAGUCAACACAGGGGUGAUCCGUCAUGUCGGGGAUGCCUUAAAGGACCAUUCCUCCAAGUCACGGGGGAAAGUGUGCGCAAUAGGAAUAGCUCCAUGGGGGAUCCUGGAAAACAAAGUGGAUCUCAUCGGAAAAGAUGUAAACAGACCCUAUCAGACAAUGGCGAACCCACUGAGCAAGCUGGCUGUGCUCAACAACAGCCACUCUCACUUCAUCCUGACCGACAACGGCACCUGUGGGAAGUACGGCUCUGAGGUCAAACUCCGUCGGCUGCUGGAGAAGCACAUCUCCCUGCAGAAGAUUAACACGCGUUUGGGUCAGGGGGUUCCUCUAGUGUGUCUGAUAGUGGAGGGAGGUCCUAAUGUGAUCUCCAUUGCACUGGAGAGUCUGAGAGACGAGCCUCCCAUCCCCGUGGUGGUGUGUGACGGAAGCGGCCGAGCUUCUGACAUCAUUUCCUUCGCGCACAAGUUCUCAGAGGACGGAGGCCUGGUUAAUGAUGAUGUCAGAGAGCAACUUUUGGUGACCAUUCAGAAGACUUUCAACUAUAGCAAAAGCCAAUCACAGCAGAUCCUGCUCAUGGUUAUGGAGUGUAUGAAGAAAAGGGAACUGAUCACAGUUUUUCGAAUGGGUUCUGAGGGACAACAAGAUAUUGAAAUGGCCAUUCUUACUGCCUUGUUAAAAGGCACGAACGCUUCAGCAGCUGACCAGCUCAGCUUGGCUCUGGCCUGGAACAGAGUGGAUAUUGCUCGCAAUCACAUCUUUGUUUACGGACACAAUUUACCACCUGCCGGUGCCAUGGCCAACACUGCAACCUCUGUAGCCCCGGCCCAGGAGAAGCAAAAGAGUCCUGCCAGCGCUCCUCGCAACAAAACCCGGGGAAAGAAGGGGAAGGGGAAGGGGAAGGCAAAGCCUGAACCACCGGAGGAAACAGACCCAAGGAAGUUGGAGUUGAUUCGUUGGGUGAACUCUCUGGAGCAGGCUAUGAUGGAUGCUCUUGUGCUGGACAGAGUGGACUUUGUCAAACUUCUCCUUGAGAAUGGGGUUAAUAUUCACCACUUCCUCACCAUUCCCAGACUGGAGGAGUUAUACAACACGAAACUUGGCCCUGCUAAUACACUUAAUGCCAUGGUUAGAGACGUCAAAAAGGGAAACCUUCCUCCAGAUUAUCAGAUCACUUUGAUUGAUAUUGGUCUGGUGCUGGAGUGCUUCAUGGGUGGAGCUUACAGGAGCAAUUACACCAGGAAGGCUUUCCGCAACCUCUACAAUAAUUUGUAUGGACUAAAAAGGCCAAAGGCUCUGAAGCUUCUAGGAAUGGAGGAUGACGAACCUAGGACAAAAGGCAAGAAAAAGGCCAAAAAGAAGAAAGAGGAAGAGGUGGAAAUUGAUGUGGAUGACCCUGAGGUCUGUCGAUUUAAGUUCCCCUUCCACGAGCUGAUGCUGUGGGCAGUGCUGAUGAAGCGCCAGAAGAUGGCGCUGUUCCUGUGGCAGCGUGGAGAAGAGGCUAUGGCGAAAGCCCUGGUGGCCUGUAAACUGUAUAAAGCCAUGGCCCAUGAGUGCUCUGAGAGUGAACUGGUGGAUGACAUCUCCCAAGACCUGGAGAACAACUCCAGAGAAUUUGGCCAGCUGGCUUAUGAGCUAUUGGACCAGUCCUACAAGCAUGAUGAACAGGUGGCCAUGAAACUCUUAACAUAUGAGCUGGUUAACUGGAGUAACUCCACCUGUCUGAAGCUGGCUGUGGCUGCUAAACAACGUGACUUCAUUGCCCACACCUGCAGCCAGAUGUUGCUCACUGAUAUGUGGAUGGGCUGCUUAAGGAUCGGCAAAAAUCCAGGCCUCAAGGUUAUUCUUGGAAUCAUCUUUCCUCCCCUGAUUCUUCUUUUGGAUUUCCGUCUUGGAGAUGAUGCAUCCUAUCAUGCACCUGGAGGCAAAGAAGAGGGAAAAGACAGGGAGGACGACACAAAAUCCAGCAAGGACCCUAAUGCUGAUGCAACUUCCCGAAAGGGGGAUGAAGAAGAGGGCAACACCAAUGUCCGCAAAAUCCCCAUUGGAAAAAGGUUCUUUGAGUUUUAUGAUGCACCAUUCACCAAAUUCUGGUUCAACACAAUUUGCUAUCUGGGCUAUUUAAUGUUGUACAACUACAUAAUCCUGGUGAAAAUGGAGCGAUGGCCAUCUCUACAAGAGUGGACGGUCAUUGCAUACAUCCUCACACUUGGCUCUGAAAAAGUCAGACAGAUUCUGAUGUCAGAGCCGGGGAAGCUGAAACAGAAGAUAAGUGUGUGGCUGGAGGAGUACUGGAACAUCACAGACCUAGCUGCCAUUUCCACCUUCCUUCUUGGGUUAAUGCUACGGCUGCAGCAUGAACCUUAUAUGGGCUACGGCAGAGUCAUCUACUGUAUUGACAUCAUAUUCUGGUACAUUCGCAUAUUGGACAUCUUUGGAGUCAACAAAUACCUGGGACCCUAUGUGAUGAUGAUAGGGAAGAUGAUGAUAGAUAUGAUGUACUUUGUGGUGAUCAUGCUGGUGGUGCUUAUGAGCUUUGGGGUGGCUCGGCAAGCCAUCCUUCACCCUGAUGAGGAGCCAACAUGGCGCCUGGCCAGAAACAUUUUCUACAUGCCCUACUGGAUGAUCUAUGGAGAGGUUUUUGCGGACUCGAUAGACCGUAAGACUAGAAUUUAUAUCUAUGCAAUGGAAAUCAACCCUCCAUGUGGUGAACAUUUAUAUGACGAGGAUGGGAAGAAACUGCCUCCAUGUAUCCCCGGUGCCUGGCUCACACCUGCUAUCAUGGCCUGUUACCUACUGGUGGCAAACAUUCUUCUGGUCAACUUGCUCAUUGCAGUGUUCAACAACACUUUCUUCGAGGUCAAGUCCAUUUCCAACCAGGUGUGGAAGUUCCAGAGAUAUCAGUUGAUCAUGACGUUCCAUGACCGUCCCAUCCUGCCGCCCCCUCUCAUCAUCUUCAGCCACCUCUACAUCCUCUUCAACAGGCUGUUUCGGCGGUGUGCCAGGAAGAAACAAGAAGGAGAGCUGGAUGAGAAGGACCGCGGACUCAAGCUUAGGCUGAAUCCAGAGGAGCUGAAAAGUCUGUAUGAGUUUGAAGAACAGUGUGUGGAGGAAUAUUUCCGUGAGAAGGAGGACGAGCAGCAGUCCUCCAGUGAUGAACGCAUCAAGGUUACCUCAGAAAGAGUUGAGAAUAUGUCCAUGCGUCUAGAGGAGGUAAAUGAGAGGGAGAACACUAUGAAGGCCUCCUUGCAGACGGUGGAUCUGCGCCUGGCCCAACUGGAGGAGAUCCAUGGACGAAUGGCAGUCGCCCUGGAAAAGCUUGCAGGGGUGGACAGAUUGGAGCUGACCAGAACCUUUUCACGAAACUCCUCUGUGUGUGACCCCUCCUCCCUACUUCGCCAGGGUAGUAUUAACAGUGCUGAUGGUUACAGUCUUUACCGCUUCCAUAUGGACAUGGAGGAGUUUGCAGCAAAGCAGAAGGACACGGAUGAGACAACUAAAACUGGUGUAGAAAGACAGAGGAGUCUGCGGCAAGCCUCCAGUAUUUGUAAUCUCAACACAAAGGAAGGAGGUCAGACCUUAGAGAUUAGUGGUUUGGAGAGAUCGCGACCACCAAGUUCACGUGUGGACAUUCUCAUAUCUCCAUGUGAACAAAAGCCUCCUUCUUCAGCAUCAAGUCAAGAGACCAUAACUAACAUAAAACAAGGCAGCACAAUGCUGCUAGAUAGACUAACAGAUAAGGAUAGACUAAAGCCUUCUUCCCCUCCAAAAAGGACCAAAUCCUUGAGAUACUAUCCAGUCGAAGACCAACCCACCUCUCCUUUGACAAAGAGGAGGGCUAUGAGCACCAUCAUUGUCAGCCCGCCUGAUGAAUCAGAGGAAGCAGCUGAACCCACACAGAAGGACCAACUGCCACAAAGAACCUCCUCUUCCCCAAAGAGGACUAGAUCAUUGCGAUAUCUCCCUACUGAAAGCCAAAGCCAGACAUCCCUUGUCACAAGGGAGAGAGCUAUGAGCAGCAUCAUCUAUAACCCAGUCGAGGCAGGUGAUGAUGUGGUGCAAACCACAGAUUACAAAUCAGUGGUGGAGCAGGUCACUAAAACAGCAAAUCAGUGGCCAGCAAACUUGGAGUACCAGGUGCAUCCCAGCUCCAUUGGUCACAUGCCUAAAGUGUCAACAGUCAGAACACUUGCCCAGCAGUUUCAAAGUGGCACUGUAGCUGCAGAGCAUAAAAAGGAGGAGGAAGAUCAGACUGAUCAUAUUCCUUUAGAAAGUAAGGGAGCUCUUCCGGCAACAGAGCCCGUGGAAGACCAAACAAAGAUGAAGGCCAAGAGGAACCUCUCAGACACUACUGAGUAUUUGACUGUAGCCGAUGAAACGUAUAUGCCGUCUCACAGGUCACAGAGUUGGAAUGAAAGUGAGAGGAAAGCAAAGUGCUCGAUGGUUAGCAAGGAGCCGAGAGCCUCUAGCAGUGAGAGAGACCUUGUUGAAGCCUGCAGGGUGGCAGGGGAGGACAUGGGAAAGAAGAUGGAUGCUGAGAAGAGAGAAGAUGCUGCACAGGAAAAGAAAUAAGAGCCACAAAGAGAGGGGAUCGAUGAAAGCAGUAACAGAGGAUAAUAAAACAGAAUGAGAAAAAAAAACAAGAGGAAGAAGAACUGAAUGCUACAAGCGGUGCAGAGCACUGUAAAUUUAAGGUGGCCUGCCAUCAACUGGAGAUCACCACUGAGUUUAUGAAACUGUUUUCACAAUAAUGAUAAAAAUAGAAUGACUAAUGAAAAAUCAUUAUCAGUCAUGCAGUUAAUGUUAGUUGUCAGUGCAAAAUCAAAGUAACUCUCUCUAAAAAUCCACUUUCUUUACUGUCUUUACUUUUCAUUGGUGUAACAUACAGUAGCUUUGAAUCAUUCAUAUUACAGCUUUCCCCAGUCAUUGUGUUUUCAUGUUGGAGAUGUAAAGGGAACCUGUUGGAUGUCUACAGUUUAAGGUGAAAAUAAAGUAUAUACACAACA